AUGACUCCCCCAGCAGGACACAUCGGCCGCAACCACUCUCACCUCCGCUGGUCCAAGAACAUAUCCCCCGUACAGACCAUUUCCUCAGGGGAAACUCUUACCUUCGACGCCAUCGACAGCAGCAACGGCCAGAUCACCAAAGACUCAGACACCAGCGCCCUCAGCGCCUUCGACAUUAGCAUCGCCAACCCGGUCUUCGGGCCCGUCUGCAUUCGAGAUGCUGAACCAGGCGACGCGCUCAAAGUCGAAGUCCUCGACCUCCAAACCGCCGACUGGGGCUGGUCGGCCGUCAUCCCCAACUUCGGUCUGCUAGCCGAAGACUUCCCCCAGCCCAGCUUGCGCAUCUGGCACCUCGACCGCACCACCCAGACUGCCGCGCUCAAUGAUCGCGUCUCUAUCCCCUUGCGUCCGUUCCUCGGCUGCAUGGGUCUCGCCCCAGCCACCUCAGACAACGACCUCUCGGUAAUUCCACCGAACGAAGCAGGCGGGAACAUCGAUUGCUGUGAUCUGACGAUCGGGUCGACCGUGUACCUCCCCGUGCAAACGACGGGGGCGCUGUUCAGUUGCGGCGACGGCCACGCAGUACAGGGUCAUGGCGAGGUAUGCGGGACGGCCAUCGAGACGCCGAUCAAGGCAACGUUGCGGUUCGAGGUCUGCAAGAACCAGCCGUGGGUGAAGACGCCUCAUUAUGAGAUUCCGCCUGCCGACUCGACGGCACAGACGCCGUUGUAUCAUCCCGUCCUGAGCAGGUCCGGGCGAUACGCUGCGACGGGACUCGGCUCCGACUUGACGGAGGCGUCCAAACAGGCGGUGCGCCAUAUUAUUGAGUGGCUGGUAGCGACGAAGGGGUUGUCUCGUGUGGAUGCGUACAUGCUGGCCAGCGUGGUGGGAAACCUGCAGAUCGUCGAGGUAGUUAAUAUGCCGAAGUAUUUGGUUUCUAUGGCGAUUCCGUUGGGGAUAUUUCAUGAUUGA